CAUCUCUGUGGCGAAAAUAAAAAUGGCUGACAAAAAUCUAAAAUUGAAUUAUUGCUGACUAAAUACCUACUAAAAUAUUUCAACAAUAAUUAAAUUUUUAUCAUUUCUUUUUUAACUUUUUUUGUUUAACUUUUACCGUGAUUGUGAUACUUUACUUCUUUAAUUUAAUCUUAUGGUAAAUUAUUAUGACUGAAAGAAGGCAUGCAAGGAACUAUAGAAAAGUCCCAAUAUAAUGUAACAAAAACAGAGCACUCUGACACAUCUGAUUAGAAAGAAUAAAUGUAUAAUAGAUAAUAUAUAUAUAUAUAUAUAAAGGAAUAAAAUUAAAUAUGACAUAUCAUUUGUAAAUAUGGCUUACGCUAAUAACUCCUACAAAAAUCUGCUGAGGCGCAGUGAAGAGCCUUGCGACUUUUGUGACAGAAUCUUCAAGAACAAACUUGAAAGUAUAAUACACAAUGCUUCACACAUCAUUAUACCUUUGAUGAAACAAAACUAUUACCAAUGUGACGAAUGUCUCUCUCAUUAUUAUUCACGAGACCAACUGGAUGAACAUCAUGAAACGAAACACCUGAAGUCAGCUAUUAAGAGUCAAACUAGCAUAAGGAGUAAUUGUAAAGUGAAAAUUGAAAAUCCAGAUGAUGAAAUUGACAUAGAAGACAAAAAUGUAGUUGAAACGCUUGUCAAAUCUAAUUUAAAGGAUACCACUACGCAAUAUAAAAGUUUAAUGGAAAAUACUGAUAUCAAAUAUGAUAAUGGAUGUGAUUUUUAUGUUAAAGAAGAAUGCAGCAGACAUAAUUCAAUAGAGAUGGAUAGAGACGAUAACGGAAGUGAAAAUGUUGACGAUGAAUUAUGUAACUACAAAGUUGAAUCUAUAAAAAGUAGACUUCGAUUUGAAGGGGAUGAUGAUAUGUUUCAUAAUAAUAUUCUAAGCGAUUUUAUAACGGAAUGCAAAGUUAAAAUGAUUAACGAGCCCAUAACGCAGAUGCCUAUUAUUUUAAAUAAUAGUCACUUGCAGCUGAUACAAAAUAAUAAUGUGGUCAAAUUGAAAAAUAGUACAGAUGCAUGCAACGAUACAGAAACAGACGAAUAUGAAUUUGAUAAUUUUCUCGUUAGAAAUGGUCAGAAGGCUGACAGACAUAACGAAACCGUACCCACAAUCAAUGGACAGAUAAUUGAUAACUUUGCCCCAGAGCCAAUAUAUAAUAGUGUACACUAUACUGAUUUGAUAAGGCCUGGUAUAUUCUUAUGUAAAUAUUGUUGUAAAUCAUUUCCAAAUAGGUUAUCUGUAAUACAACACGAGCCGGCUCACAUGAAAAUGAGAAAGCCACGUCCGAUAUUAUGUACGUACUGUGACAGGUACAUUGCUGGUAACCAUGUGCACCUCCAUAGGCACAUAAACAGGGAGCAUCCCGGUGCUAACAUGAAAAAGAAGCACCAUACUUCCCAAUGCAAGCGUUGUGGGCUCAAGUUCCGGAAAUAUAGGCCCCACGUCAGAAAUUACCAUGCCUACGACUGCCCCGGAUGUGGGAAGGAAUAUGGAAUAACGGAGCUGGCAGAUCUAAACGAGCACAUAAGCAAUUGUGUGAUACAAAAUGUAACGUCAAAAAUGGUGAAUGUCUGUGAAAUAUGCUAUCGCUUUGUCAAAGUGAAAACCAAUCUGAAAUAUAUAUCAACGGGCACGACGGUCAACGAGCCCGGAGUUAGACACCCAUGUGCAAUGUGCGGCAAGAAGUUCUUUGAACUGAAAACUAUCAAACGUAUAAUAUACGGUGGAAAACUGAAUGUUAGAGGUUAUCACAAAAUGAGGAGGCCGCUGUCCAACGAGGAGAGGUUGAAGAAGUUUCAGAAUCGGUUGAAGAAAAUAAAUUUAUUAAAUAAAUUUUACUCGGGCCCAAUUUGUGAGGUGUCUGCGCUGGACGUCUGGAUUUGGAGGCUAGCGGGAUCCGAAGCACGGUGCACCGCUGGCCGACCGCAGUUAGUAGGGGGCCCAAUUAGUAGGUUCGCCACCUAUGAAAGGCUGCCCCGCCAACUAGCGAAAAAUCCUGGGAUGGCCUCCAUCGUGCCGGUUGGCGACCGAAGAGAGGAUCCGAUGGCAAUUCCCAGGGGGGUUCGGGCGUCCCCGCAGUCUCCAGUCGAGCCUUCCUACUGUGCGGUCACUUCGUAA